AUGGAGCUGUCCACAUAUGGCGAGGAAGAAGUGCAAGCACUGGCAGAUCAGUACAAAGAUCAUUUGUUGAGAGCUGGGUGCAAGCUUACUGAAAUUGAUAGAGAAUGGUCAAUGGUAAAAAGUCAUGUCAAUCUUCACUUAGGUGGGAGAAGUUCAGAAGAAGUGUUUGCAUCAAUCUUUAAAAGUCUCGCAAGUCAGUGCCAUAAUUUCCUGUUACUCGCGGAAAUUGUUCUUACCUGGCCUUUGUCAACAGCUGUAGUGGAAAGAGGUUUCAGCAGCAUGAACCGGGUCAAGACGCUUUUGAAGUCAAGCAUGAGCCAGGAAAAUUUGGAUGACAUCCUC